AUGCAGGCUAUUCAACAAUCGACUUUUUUAAAGUCAUCGCAAUUCAACAAGUCUUCUUCUUCUAAGAAGGUUGUCACCAGUCGUCGCAAGGCGACGACGACGACGAAGGCGAUGUUGUCCUCCUCCGCUGGUCCGGCCACGUUGGAAGGCUACGGUUCUUGCUCGUUUAAAGGUGCGGUCGCGGACAAGUACUUGAAAGAACAAGGGUACGAUGCGUCUUUGUUGAAGGAUUUGUCCUGGCCGAAGAACGAGGCCAAGGCGAAAGCCGUCGCCGCGGCGUUGCUCUCUUGGGCCACGGAUAACGGCGCGAAGCAAUAUUCGCACUGGUUCCAACCGAUGGCGAGCGCUGGCGUUCGUCACGGUAACGCUGGUUGCUUGCAAAUGGCUAUGUUUGACUUUGACGCGGACGGAGUUCCGUACCCGUCGUUUUCGCACGAAAACUUGUUGCAAGGUGAAACUGAUGGUUCCUCCUACCCGAACGGCGGGUUGAGAGCCACGCACACCGCGGGUGGCUAUUUGUCCUUGGACCCGUUGUCCCCGAUCUUCAUUCGCGAAGACACCAUGUACAUUCCGUCCUGCUUUGUCUCGUACAACGGCGACGCUUUGGACGAAAAGACGCCUAUGCACAGAGCCACGGAGGCGAUGUCCAGCCAAGGUAAGAGAUUGUUGAAGUUGAUGGGCUACAACCCGGAAGGCGAUUUGAUCAACAACAUUGGUUUGGAGCAAGAGAUUUUCUUGACGACGAGAUCGGCAUUCUAUAACCGCCCGGAUUUACAGUUCACCGGGAGAACGGUUAUGGGCAAAGACGCCGCGAGAGGCCAAGAAUUGUCGGACCAUUACAUGGCCCCGAUCUCUCGCGCGACUGGUGCUUUCGAAACCAUGAAGCAAAUCCAAGCCGAAUGCUACAAAAUUGGUAUUCUGUUGAAGACGCGUCACCGAGAAGUCGCGCCGAACCAGUACGAGUUUGCGCCGAUGUUUGGCAACGUCAUCAACCAAAUCGACCAAAACUUGAUGGUCAUGCAAAUUAUCGAAGAAGUCGCCUCGGAGAACGGCAUGGCGGCCUUGUUGCACGAAAAGCCAUUCGCGGGUAUCAACGGUUCCGGUAAGCACAAUAACUGGUCUAUCGGUACGUCCACUGGCGUCAACUUGCUCAACCCGAAACAGUUGAACAAGGCGUCUGGCAACGCGGAAAUCUUCCCGGUCAUCAUGGCUGCUUUGGUUUCUGCCAUCGACAAACACGGCGACUUAAUGCGUUUGUCCAUUGCUUCCCCGGGUAACGAUUUCCGAUUGGGUGCUAUGGAAGCGCCGCCGGCGGUUAUGUCCACGUACUUGGGCUCGUCCUUGACGGAAUACUUGGAACAAAUCAAGAACGGUAAGAUGUCCGAGUACUCUCCGGAAAAGAAAUCGCUGUCUUUUGGCGCCGCGAACGUCCCAGAUAUCACCGUACCGGCGGAAGAUCGUAACAGAACUUCGCCGUUCCCGUACGGUGGCGCGAGAUUUGAGUUCAGAGCCGCCGGUUCCACUCAAAACGUUUCUUUGAUCAACACGUGCUUGGACUCCAUGGCUGCGGAAGCGUUCAAGAUUGUCGCCGACCGCAUCGAAGGCGGCGAAAAGCCGCUCGACAUUGCCGCGGACCUUUUGAAGCAACACGAAAAGUGCAUCUUCAACGGUAACGGUUACGAUCCGAACUGGCCGGAUGAUGCCGUCAAGAGAGGCGUGUGGAGAAUCGACUCUGGCGUCGACGCCAUCGACCAAUUGGACUCCGAAAAGAACGUCGCCAUGUUCUCGAGCAUUGGCGUCUUCUCUGAAAGAGAAUUGCAAGCGAGAAAGUCCGUCUUAUUGACGUACUACACCGGUGUCGUCGAGAUGGAAGCGUUGACGAUGAUUGACAUGAUCAACAAACACGUCAUUCCGUCCGUGAAGAAGGCGGACGUCGGCAACCCGAACAAGUUGAACGACGGCAUCAAGCAAAUCAAAUCCGCGUUGAAGAAGAUUCACGGCGAAGAAAACGAAACGAAACAAGCCCAAAUGGCGAGAUCCUUGCGUUUGGAAACCAUGGCGGAUGUCCGUAAGGUUUGCGACGACUUCGAAGCCAAGGUUCCGGCCGAGCACUGGACUUUGGCCACGUACGACGAGUUGUUGUUCUUAGACACGUUUCCGGAAGGCGAGAUGUGGUAA